AUGUCAAAUGAAACAGCGUCUAUGAGAGAAAUACAACACAACCGACAACUCAUUGUACAAGCUCUAAAUAAGAACACAACAAACUUUUCAAACUAUUCUAAGAUAUCUGAGUCAUUGAAAGAAGGAAACUUAAAACUGACGAUAAACCCAUUGACAGACGAGUUUCUGUUUCAAGACAGUAAGAACCAUACUGUUUGUAUAAAUCCAACAAAAAGAACUUUAAACGAGAAACCUAUAGAUGAACUUCUUUUGAAAGCAGAUGUUGGCAACAAAGCUGACAAAGAGUAUGUUGACGAUGAGUUAGCACGUGUGGCUAGUGCGUUAGUGAAGAAGGCAGAUAAGGAAUAUGUGGAUGAAAAGGAUGAAAAAAUUAAAGAAAUGGUUGAAUGGUACCAUGAACGGACAACAAAGAUUUUAGAAGGUAAAGCCAAUACAGGGUGGGUUUCAGGAUGUUUAGACCUUAAAGCUGACAAAACAUAUGUUAACGAUGAGUUAAAGAAGAAAGCAGACUCGACAUGGAUAGCUGGAUAUGUAGAUGCAACAAAAAAGUAUAUUUUCGCAUGGACAGAAGGAACAUACUCACAAAAAUAUCAUAGACAUAGCAUCUCUGACGUAAAUGAACUUGAAGAAAAGUUAUAUACAAAAGCAGACAAAACAUAUGUUAACGAUGAGUUAAAUAAAAAAGCUGACAAAACAGAGCUUCAAACGUUAAAGACAGAAAUACUUCAAACACUAUAUCCUAUAGGUUCUAUUUACACGUCAAUGAACUCUACCAGACCAGAAGUAGUACUUGGUCUCGGAACUUGGACUCAAAUAGUCGACAGGUUUUUGUAUUGUGCAAACUCUUCAAAGGAAACAGGUGGAAGUAAAACGAUUUCAGGUGAAAACCUACCUGCACACAGUCACUACAUAGAUUUAAGUACAUCUCAAGCAGGUUGGCAUAAGCAUAGAUAUUGGGAUUGGUCAGGAAUGAUAAAAGGUAAAGGAUAUGAUGUUAAAGACAACGUUAAGUUUGCUAUAGAUUGUUACUGGAGUAACACUGAGGGAGGAGGAAACCAUAUACAUCGCGUUUCAGGGUAUACGCAAACAACAGGACAAAGUAAAGACUACAUGCCACCUUACAUGACAGUUUACGCAUGGUAUAGAAAUGCUUAG